AUGUCGGCCCUAAGGUAUCUGAUCUUUGGCCUCACACUUCACUCCGCCUUGGCGGCUCACAAUCUCACCGAGUUCCUGUUGCAUCGCCAGCGUCGUGGCCUCAUCUUUCAGAACAGCGGUUCGCUGAAGUUCAGCAUCGGACCCUCGAUGCCCAUACCUCUGGGUGAUCCUGUGUCCUUUCGCUCCUGUGUCCUCUCCUAUACGCUGCAGGGCGGCACCUACAGUCUGCCCACGACGCCCAUUUGGCCAUGGGAUAAGUGGGAGGUAACAUUUGCCAGAUCUAUGCAGCAAAUGCGUCGGAAUAUCGAGAGGCAUACGGCAGGCGGAGGCGUUAGAUAUGCGGACGAUGCACGUUUGUUGGCCUACAUUGCGCUCGAGGAGUAUUUGGGCAGAAGGAACAAUGAUAUGACUGUGGGCAGACAAUGCCUGCUGCGUUCCAUAUGCGAGAAUGCCCAGGUCCAUCAUCAUGUUGGCAUUUUCUCCGAAAUCCUAAACAUUGUGCUGAGUCCGGGCAAAGCGGAUUUAGAUAACUCGUAUCACGAUGCCUUUGCUGCCGGACAGGCGGGUGCUAAUUGCCUGGGCCUCUUUAAGGCAUGUCCACGUGGCCUCAACUUUCUCGACGAGCUGCUGAUGUUGGAGCACAGCUUUAACUGAAGGUUUGAUUGAUUGGAUUUUCGUUCGUUAU